AUGAACUCGUUGAAUGACUGUCAUCCAUCUCAGAAACGAAAAUUUGUGGAAAAGUUACCUGUGGUAGGAAGAGCAUCGGAAGCGAGAAAACAUGUAUCAUUUCAAUUCAAACAAAAACAUACACAGAGUGUUAACGAUGAUUACAUUCCAAUCAAUUAUGAAGAGUUUUUAAAAGAAAAUAUCGAAACAUUAAACAGUGAUAGAUACAAAACAUUAGUAUUAUUUCCGCCGGAUGAUAUACAAUUUCAUAGAAUUGAGCAUGAUUAUCGUACAUUAAUUCCGACUAUUCCUUCAUAUAUUCAUCAACAACAGCAACAAUUGCAUUCUCUCGUUAAACAAACUCUUCUAACUUAUUCAUCGUCAUGGACGUUAAUCGAAUUUAAAUUACAGCAAAAAUAUGGGCAAUAUUUUCAACAAUUACCUCAUCACCAUCCUCUCCCCAUACUAAAUUCUCAACACAAAUUUGAAAUUGAUUCACUUACUCAAGAUGAAAAUAAUGAGCAUCUACCAACAAGUUCUUCACCCUCGGCAUCAAGCAAGCAAUUGCCUGUAAUAUUAAAACAAGGUUUUCUAUCUUUAUCGUCAGCCUCACGUAAAUCAAAGCGCUUGUAUGGUCAGUUAUGUCGUGCAUCUGACUCGACGUUUAAACUCAACUUUUACAAAGAUACAGUGAAAUCUGUCAAUGAUCAGCCAAAACAAAUAAUAUUUCUCGAUUCAUGCUCACUAAUUCCAAAAUUAAAUUGUCCACAGUCUCUUGUUUACACCCUCUCAACAGAGAAUGAUCAAGAUUUAGAAGAAUGGUACAAAGUACUUUUGCAAACAACCCAUAAACAAGAUCAACAUGGACAGGGUGAUAGCAGAUCUCCAAUCGAUGAAAAUCAUUCUGAUACUAAGCAGUCACAGAAUGGACUUUCAAAAAUCGUUGAAACAGAUGAUAUGAUUCGAUUCGAACGUGAAAAAGAUCAUAUUGAUUUAUUUUAUGUUUAUGAGCAAGCGUACGCUAAUCCACCACCUUCGCUCGAUGAUCCAAUGUUGGAACAAGAUUCUUUAAUUCAUCCAACAAUCAGUGAUAAUGAAUCUACAAAGCUCCGUAUUCAUUUACAGUGUGAAGAAUUUAAAUCGGGAUUAUCUCUGCCAUCAUAUGCAAAUCCUGAACCAUUUUAUUUAAUAUUUUCAUUAUAUGAUGUUAAACAACAUCGUAAAAUAUCAGAAAAUUUCUAUUGGAACAUUAACGAACGGCAUUCAUCAGAGACCGAGGAUAUACCAUAUUUCUUUACAAAAAACAAUAUACAAAAUCAAUUAUUAAAUUUAAAUGAGACAUUGUUCAGUAUAAAACAGCCGUCUGAUUCAAUUUUUUUAAUUGUUCGUGUUGAAAAAUUACUACAAGGUGCAAUAUCAGAUCAAGUCGAACCAUAUUUGAUUUCUGAAUCAAAUUCUGAAAAACAAGCACAAAAAAUUUAUCAACAAACACAAAAAUAUAAACAAAAAUUUGGUGAAAAAUUUUUAAUGCCUUUCGCAUGGGGAUUCAAAUCACUAUUCAAAGCUUGUACUUAUCCAUUAGAAAUCAAUCAUUCAUCUGUACGUUUUUAUCGUCAAGAAUGUUUACAUUUAAAUGAUGAAUCUAUACAAAAAUAUCUAUUCGAUUCUAUGAGCAACAAUAAAACGAUAAAACUCACACCCUUAUCACAAAUGCAGUUACAAAUCAAACUAUUUCAAGAAAACCGACUACCAAACAAUUGUUUAACAACAGCAUAUGCACCUCUAAAACCAUUUCCAUUACCACUAACAUGUCCAUUAGUAAUUGAAUGUCAAGAAUUUUUGACUACAGAUGAUUCGUCAGUUGUCGAUGUUUUUACAGAAUAUAUUCAUCAUUUAUAUUUAUAUCCAAAAUCAUUGAAAUAUGAUCAACAAAAAACUUUUGCAAAAGCGCGUAAUUUAUGUAUUCAAAUUGAGUUACGCGAUUCAGAUAGUGAAAAUUCAAAACCUCUAAAAUGUAUAUAUACUGAGUAUAAUCGUGAAACAUUUUUUACACAUGUUUAUUACACACCGGUUAGUCAUCAUUGUCAAACACCACAAUUUUAUUCAGAAAUCAAAUUUAAUCUACCAUUAGUGUUGACUGAUCAACAUCAUAUACUAUUCACAUUUUUACAUGUGAGUUGUGAUAUAAAGAAAAUAUUUAAUACAGUUCAAGAAAAAGAACUUGUUGUCGGCUAUGCAUGGAUACCUAUAUUAAAAAAUGGAAGACUAAACAAUGAAGAAUGUCAACUACGUGUUGCACAAACAUUAACAUCUGGUUAUUUAAAAUUUGAACAAUUAGGAUUGGGAAAGACAUUAGGUCCCGAUAUUAGAUGGGUUGAUAAUGGUAAACUCAGUCGUCGUCCAUCAUUAUCAAAUCAACUUGAUAUAUCGCCAGUUAAUAAAGAAAUGAUGGAUAUGGAUACGAAUCUCAAAGCUCUUCAUGCUGUACCUCGUUCGACAAUGAUUGAAUAUCUUCCAACCUUAUUUAAUCAAUUAUUUAAAAUAUUAUUGAUAACAAGAAGCCAAGAUGUAGCAAGAACAACGAUGAGAGUUAUUGUUUAUAUUGUAUCAGAAUUGAGUGAAGCAAAUAAACAAUCAGCAUUAAAAGCAUACAUCAGAUAUACUUAUGCAUUAUCAUCUAUGUUUUCAAAAACAGUUCAUGAAGAAUUAUUUUUAUAUUUAUCUCAGUUAUUGAAACCUGUUUGUGGUGACUUGUCUAAAGAUUUGGCUCCAUGUUUAGAUGUCGUUUUAACAGAGAAAGUACUGAAAUAUUCAUGGUUUUUCUUUGAAAUUAGUAUUAAAUCAAUGGCUCUUUACGUGAAUGAUAGAAGUGUAUUAAAUGGUUCGCGUAUAAGUCGUUUUCCAAUAUCAUAUCAUGAAUCUAUUGAAGCCUAUAGUGAUCAAUUACAUUUAUACAUGAAAUCAAAUGAAACACAACGAAGCUUAAUAAAAGAAAUCAAAUUAGCCAAUAAAUAUUUUGCUAUUUUUAUUAAAAAAUGUUUGUCAUUAAUGGAUCGUGGUUAUAUAUUUCGUUUGAUUCAGCGUUAUCUUAAUGAAUUUAAACAAAAUGAUUCUAGAGAUAUAUAUGAAAUGAAAUUUGAUUUUUUACGAAUACUAUGUACUCAUGAACAUUUUAUUCAGUUAAAUUUGCCUUUAAUAUUCAAUUAUGAUAGACAAGGUGUUGAUAUUCAUUUGGAAUAUCAAUUAUCACAAUCUUAUCGUUCAAAUCAUUUUUUAACUGGUUUGAUAUUAGCUGAAAUUUUGCUCAAUCUAAGACAAGUGGAUUUGACCACACGUGAUAGACGAAAACUUUCAAUAUCGUUACUGAGAUAUGUGUUGACAAAACAUGAAUUCGAUGACCGAUAUAAACAAAAGGUAUUACUGUCUGUAUUCUAUUUUUAUUUUGAAAUAUACAACCGAGAUGAAGAUUAA